AUGCACCAACGGGCGCGCAAGGGACAGCGACUCACGGACGAGGAGAUUGGAUUUAUUACCAAUAAGACUGCAGAGCUUGCCGGAGCCUCAUCGGACCAGAAGGACACACUCAAUCCCAGCCAAGCGCGGUGGGCCGUAAAGGCUGAGCAGGUUCUCAGCAAACCCGCGGAUGGAAUUACCCAAAAAGACGCCCGGGAAAUGGCAUCGAAAGAGAGCCAAGCCUUCGAGAUGCUGCCAGCCACCGGCUCUGUGGCGUCGCAUGUACAGUCAGUGGCCGAAAGAAACCAGGGAAACACCUAA